CCGUGCGCGCAGCCCCGAACGCCGGGAGCCUCCUGCAGACCCCCCUGCCAUGGAGUCCGUGGCCCUGUACAGCUUCCAGGCCACGGAGCAGGACGAGCUGCCCUUCCAGAAAGGGGACACGCUGAAGAUCCUCAACAUGGAGGAUGACCAGAACUGGUUCAAGGCUGAGCUGUUCGGCCGCGAGGGCUUUGUCCCCAAAAACUACAUCAAGGUCAAGCCACACCCGUGGUACGCGGGCAGGAUCUCCCGGCACCUGGCAGAGGAGCGGCUGCUCCGGCGCAACCACCUGGGAGCCUUCCUGAUCCGCGACAGCGAGAGCGCCCCGGGCGAGUUCUCCCUCUCCGUCAGCUACGGGAAGCAGGUCCAGCACUUCAAGGUGCUCAGGGAGAGGAACGGCAAAUAUUUCCUCUGGGAGGAAAAGUUCAACUCCCUCAACGAGCUGGUGGAUUUCUACAGGAUGACCACGAUCGCCAAGGAGCAGCAGAUUUUCCUGUGGGACGAGGACCAGACCCAGGAGCAGGGAUCCCAAGGCUCCUCCUCAUCCCAUGGUGGCACAGCCUCCCCACCAGUGCCAGGGGCUGUGAGAUGGGGACCCCUCUCCUCCCACCAACCCUGGCCCUCGGCUCCCCUGCAGGUGAGGAGACCCCGAUUUGUGCAAGCCCAGUUUGACUUCUCAGCCCAGGAGGGCUCCCAGCUGCCCUUCCUGCGUGGGGACAUCAUCGAGGUCCUGGGCUGCCCCGACCCCAACUGGUGGCAGGGGAAGGUCUACGGCCGUGUCGGGCUCUUCCCACGGAGCCACGUCCACCCCAUCCACAAGUGACCUUCAGGUGACCAUUGAGUGACCAUCCAUGAGUGACCUUCAGGUGACCAUCACGAGUUUCCAUCCACAAGUGACCUUCAGGUGACCAUCUACAAGUGACCUUCAAGUGACCAUCCACGAGUGACCUUCAGGUGACCAUUGAGUGACCAUCCAUGAGUGACCUUCAGGUGACCAUCCACUAGUGACCAUCCACAAGUGACCUUCAGGUGACCACCCAUAAGUGAUCAUCACAAGUGACCUUUAAGUGACCAUCCACGAGUGACCCUCACCACGCCACCACUGAGCGGGCAGGACCCGGCCCCGUUGUCCCCCCUCACAGCCUGAGUGUCCCUUUGUCCCCAGGAUGGUGCCUGGCCCAUGACCCCCAGGCCAGGGAUGGGGCUGGCAGUGCUGCUCCCCAGGCAGGGAGUGUGGAAUGUUCAACCACGGCCAUAAAACCUUUUCCAGAGGCACUGUCCAGUGGGGUGACAGCCACAGAGGGAGUGAGCCCAAAACCCCAAACCCUGAAACCUCUCCAAACCCUGUAAGCAAAGCCCCAGCUGCAGGGAGGGCUGCAGGCAGCCAGGACACAGCCAGGAUCCACAGCUCCACGGAGGAAUUCCAGGACUCAGGAUACCAGGGAAGGCUGGUCCAGGGGGAUUCCAUCCUGUGGGGUGCUGUUCAUAGCUGGAAAUUUAUAUUUUUUAUAUUAUUUUUUUAU